AUGGCAAACGCAGAGACUUUUGCUUUCCAGGCCGAGAUCAACCAGUUGCUCUCCCUCAUCAUCAACACGUUCUACAGCAACAAGGAGAUCUUCCUUCGUGAACUCAUCAGCAACUCAUCGGAUGCCUUGGACAAGAUUAGGUUCGAGUCCUUGACCGACAAGAGCAAGCUCGAUGGUCAGCCAGAGCUUUUCAUUCAUGUCAUCCCCGACAAGAGUAACAACACCUUGACCAUCAUCGACAGUGGUGUCGGGAUGACCAAGGCUGAUCUGGUCAACAACCUCGGAACGAUAGCAAGAUCCGGUACCAAAGAGUUCAUGGAGGCGUUAGCUGCAGGAGCUGAUGUUAGCAUGAUCGGACAGUUUGGUGUUGGUUUCUACUCUGCUUACUUGGUUGCUGAUAAGGUUAUUGUCACCACCAAGCACAACGACGAUGAGCAGUACGUGUGGGAGUCUCAGGCCGGUGGAUCUUUCACCGUGACGAGAGACAACUCUGGUGAGAGUCUUGGCAGGGGAACGAAGAUGACACUUUACCUCAAGGAAGACCAACUGGAGUAUCUCGAGGAGAGGAGGCUUAAGGAUUUGGUCAAGAAACACUCUGAGUUCAUCAGCUACCCAAUCUCUCUGUGGGUUGAGAAGACCAUUGAGAAGGAGAUUUCUGACGAUGAGGAGGAAGAGAAGAAGGUUAACAGAAACACUGGCUCAAAGCCUCAAACAUCCAUUGACUUGUAG